AUGGGUUCAAAAGUUCCAGAAGAUCGGCUGACGGAGAAGCUAUUCCUGGAUUAUUCAAUCCGUGAUAUUCAACAAGGCCGUUUUGAAUCGGCAAAUGACCCUUGGGCUCACUUGUAUGUCAAUGCUUUACGUGAUGGGAGGUACGGUGAUGCUGUGUGGGCGCGAUACCAUAUGGGUGCAGAUGUGGAAAAUGACAUCGUUGGCUCCGAUAAUAUGACAGUACUUGAGGUCAUCAAGGAGGAUGCCCUGUCGUACAGAGUUUCUUCACCAGAAGAAUAUUGCUCAGCUGUGUCCUUCUAUCGCGGCACUAGUAAGAACGAUGGGCAUCUUGAUGUCCUGGAUAUCAUUUGCAAUCUUGAUGAAAAAGAGAUCGUUGAGAUGGGGGCCAAGAAAAAGAAGGAGGGUCAAGUUGAUUUCUAG